GGUAAAUUCAAUUCCUCGACACAAAUAUUCGAUUCAAGAAGUAAAUGUUGUUGAAUAUUGGUCUGAAUUUUCAACAGUUUCUCAGUUAUUUUAGCUGACGACGAUGCCAUCCCGUCUACAAGAUUACGAUGUUUUGGGAUUGAUUGGUUCGGGCUCCUAUGGAACGUGUAGAAAGAUUCGUAGAAUAAAAGACAAUAAGAUACUGGUUUGGAAAGAGUUAGAUUAUGGCAAAAUGUCAGAGACAGAAAAGCAGAUGCUGGUUUCAGAGGUGAACUUGCUGCGGGAACUGAAACAUCCACACAUAGUGAGAUACUAUGAUCGUAUCAUAGAUAGAACAAAUACCACAAUCUACAUUGUCAUGGAAUACUGUGAAGGUGGAGAUUUAGGUGCUCUUAUCUCCAAACACAAAAGAGAAAAACGAUAUGUUCUAGAAGAGUAUGUAUGGAAAAUUAUGUACCAGCUCAUCCUUGCAGUACAGGAAUGCCAUAGAAGGAAAAAUGGAGCUCAUGUUUUACACAGGGACUUAAAGCCAGCAAAUGUUUUUCUUGAUGCUGAAAAAAAUGUCAAGCUUGGUGAUUUUGGUUUGGCAAGAGUGCUCAUGCAUGACACUAGUUUUGCCAAAACAUUUGUUGGUACUCCUUACUAUAUGUCACCUGAGCAAGUCAACAAGAUGGGCUAUAAUGAGAAGUCUGACAUCUGGUCCCUUGGCUGUCUCCUCUAUGAGCUGUGUGCCCUAUCUCCACCCUUUACAGCUAUGAACCAAAGAAGUCUAGAGGCAAAAAUCAAGAUUGGAAGAUUCCAUCCAAUCCCCAGUCAUUACUCCUCUAGCCUCAAUCAAGUUAUCAGCUCCAUGCUCCAAGUUUGUGAUGAGAUGAGACCAAGUAUUGAUAGUUUGCUUCGAAAUCCACAUUUAUCAAGAAUGCAGAAAGACACUACCUCUAAUAUAAAUGUAGCUGAAAAGGAGGAAUCACUCAAAAGAUGGGAGAAAACUCUUAAUGAGAAGGAAAGAGAUAUAGAAAGAAAGGAAAAAGAACUUUCUAACAGAGAGAAAGUAUUAGCAGAUCGAGAAGAAAGGAUUUCAAGACUGGAAGAAGAAUGCUACAGUAAUGGCUACAGAGAUCACAUGGUUCCAGUAAAAAGAUCAAAUCAUCCCCAGUAUUACCAACACUUCGGUAUGGACAAAGAGAAUGAAAAUGGCUUGAUAGCACCUAUUGCCAUAAAGAGAAGAUAUGCAUGUGAUAUAGACACUGCUAAACUUGCAAAUGAUGAUGUGUUUGCAAGACCUAUGCUUCCAGCACACAGGCUACAAGAUUUUGGUUAUCGGCACCCGAACAUUGUAGGGAAUGUUAGAGUGUCCAGGUUGUUAUCAGUGCUGAGAUGAACUUAAUAAGUAAAGCAAACUUAAUAAUAUAAUUGAACAUAUUUGGAUAUAUAAAUAUAUGUGUAUGAUAUGAUUGUGUAAAUAGUGAACAAGAUGUAAAUAUAGUUUGUGUAUUUACGACC